AUGGAACAGCACGAAGCGAGCCAGAGGCAGGAAGGAAACUUUGUAGGCACUGCAGGGGGUGGUCAAUUCUCCUCCAUAACGAAGCGCUUUUUGAAGAGUGUGAAGGAUCUGAACCAGGAGCUGCAGGGGCCCCACAUGCAGCUUCACUUCAUACGAUGUUUCAUCCCGAAUUGCGAGAUGAAGCCUGACGCUUUUGAAAGGAAGAUCGUACUGCAGCAACUGCAACAUUCCGGAUCGUUGGCUCUGGUUGAUAUCCUGCAGUCUGGGUUUCCUCACAGAAUGCCACUGCACUCCCUGGCAGCCAAAUUGCGAGCGGCUUUAUGCCCUCUACUGAAGAAACGGCUCGAAGAGCAAGAGCAAAAAGUGCAAAAGCUAAUGGAAGCAGAGAAUAAAAAUGUGCCACUCAAUUUCGGAGUUUUACCCUCCGCUGAGGAAACUGCCCGCCAACGACGCUUGUUGGAGACUUUGAGGCACUGGGACCCAAAUGCUUCUCGCGACCGAACACUAGCCUCUGCAACCCUGGGGUUGCUACCCCAAUGCCGACCAGGCGCAUUCAUUUGUGGCGUUUCCCUCGUUUGCUUCAAGGCCUCUGCCUAUGGGGAAGCUGCAGCGCUAAUAGCUGAUCCAGCACAGUUCUUCAAAACUCCUGAAGACCUAUGCAGGCUAAUCACGGCUAUCCAACGUUUGCGGUGGCGUGUGGCUGUUCGCACCAUUUUGCAUGUGCACCCGAAGUUACUGUGGCUCCAGCGCAGAGCCUUCUUGAUGAGGAAGAUCAAGCAGGAGGCUGCCACUGCUGCCUUACGAGUGAUACUGCUCAGGAAGCACAUCCUUAUCCCCUUGCGGGAACGUGCACAGCGACGGCUUUCCAUUCGCCAGGGCGUGAUUUCGCUUGAGCAUAUCCUGUUGCGCCGAGGCCUGCAAUCAUGGCGAAGCUACCGGCAGGCACUAGCAGCUGCAGACUCAGCGAAAAAGUCAGCUGCAUGUCAGCCUCGAGCAAAUGAGGAAGCCAAGUGCUCAAAAAGCUCCAGCGUACCUGAACAGAAGCUAUGCGGAGGACAAGGUGAAGCGUCUGGGGCAGCAGGAGACGAGCACCAGCAACUUCAUUUCAUACCUUCUUGGAAUGCUCGGCUCUUCCCUGUGGGGGACCAUAGACAGAACGUCAUUACAGAAGAACACGAAGUGGCUGUCUAUCCCGGGAGAGACCUGUAUUUUACCCGCAUUAGCGGUGUCCCUCCAGUAGAGCCUGGUAAACCGGCACCAGAGAAGAAAAGAUUGCAACAGCCUCCACAGAAUUCUUACCUCUCCGCCAAUUCACCGUCAGGACAAGAACAAACUCACGAAAUUUCUGACAUUUCAGCCGAGCGGAUUGUUGGCGGUGAAGGCUACAGCGAUCCCACUGUGCAGUUAGUUAGCACUGAAGCUCCGAUUUUAACAAUUGCAAAACACCCAUUCUACACCAAUUUGUUCAUAGCCAGCAAUUCAGCUGCUCACCUGUUGUUGCUUUUAUCUCCCCGUACUGCUAAUUCUGAAAUGAAAGAAGAGGAGACGACAAUAACAGAUUGUGAAGGGUCUGUACCCAGUCGCACCGCGCCUCUUGGAGAACCCUCAACAAUUCUGCCCCGUCUCGAUUGCCCCUCAAGUCUUCCUUGUUCAUCAAAAGGACUACCAUCAUCUAAUGAUGCUAGCGCUGACGCAUCACAUCGACCAGUGAGGAUGCUGCGCAACUUUGCACCGGGGUUGUCAAAUUUGUCUAAUUUGCUCCCCGGCAGUGACGGCAGCGCCUCAGCCUUCCCGGAACGACUUUUGCCAACAGAUGCGAUUCCGCCCGGCAAGUGGCUACCCCGAGACCUUCUAGAUCGCAUUAGAGAGUCUUCUCAGGAUCAGCUGUCUCAUACAAGACACCCACGACCCCCAACUGUGCGGCCGCUCAGCGUUUCCUUUGCAAGCCCUAUAACCGCAGAUUAUGCCAUCGUCGUGUGCCUUGUGCAAGGCAAAAGCAGCAAGAACAACAACAAUAACAGCAGCAGCACCGGCAUAGGCAGCCUCACUCUCGUUCUAGUCGACUUGCUGAGGAGGGAACCUGCUGGCUGGAUUCCUCUGUCUUUUGCGUCCCAUGAUCUAUCAAUCUGUGCUCGCCGCAACUCUGCGUGCCUUCAACAGCUGUCCCAAACAGCUUUCCCAGGGUCUAACACUAAUGCUGGAAAAAUCAAAAACGCAGCCGCUGAGCUUCGUGCUGCACGAAAUCCUUUGCUUACGGCACGCACCCGUAGCACCAUGCUCUCCACAAUUCGUUUGCAACCUCUUUGGGGCAACGUGUGGGCAGUCACAGGCCCCUCCUUGCUCGCCAUCUUCUCUAUCAACCUUAG